AUGGCUUUCCCUCUGCCGCGGGGCAUCACGCCCACGGAGAUUGCCUUUCUGGCGGAGAUGGAAACGGUGACCGUGGUGCCUCGCCAGCGCCUCGAGGGCCUAGAGUUACUCGGGGGCCCUAUCGAACCUCUUGUCCCGCCGCGACGCGCAUCCCUUCCUCUAUGGCUCGCUCUGCUACUCAAACGCCAGCGCCGAGCGAAUAUUAUGCCCCCGCCUUGGCUACACCCAGAAGCGCUAAGCCUCCUUCUCGAGAUCGAAUCCCAGCAUCAGGACUACAAAAACGCCUUCUCGCCACCUCCUCGACUGCCUGGUCAGCCCAGUAUCCGGGAAUUGCAAGAUGGAGCCAUGCCGGUUGCUCGGCCGCAGUAUACAAGAGAUGGCGACAAAUACUACCCGGCGCCGCCAUUCCUACCUCAGAAUGUUGCGCAAACUACAAUAUCAAGGGAUGAAGUACCGCCCUUACCAUUCCACUGGGUCGAGGUCGGGAAUAUGUUGCUUGAUGCGGCGAGCGACGAUCUAGUAGAUCCGGACCAGGUCAGACGGCUUCUGAAAGAUCUUCGUGAAGUGCGUAUGGCUAAGAUGAGAUCUGGUGUGGAUGUAAUGGAUGCAGCGGCAACAGGCGGAGGAGGUGUGGCGCUCACAGGUGUUGGUGCAAUGGAGAUUGGCGAAGAGCGAGGGUUCUUAACCGGCGUAGUUGACGGUCUACGCAAAAUCGGCGCAUCCAAAGAACAAGCCCGACGAGAACAAAUGGCAGAGCAGAGAGCGAAUGGUGGAUACGAUGGCACUCAAGAUGACGAAGAUGAAGAUUACAUGGAAUUCUAG